ACAUGCCACAAAUGCCCCUCUGCAACCCCAAAAAAAAUCUCCGACUCCAUCAAAGAAAAACAACUCCUCACCUCCUCUUCAGUUCUCAAAUUUCUCAAAUGAUUUGGGGCUCUUUGGGUUUUGUCCUGGUCAGACACGCAAGGAGAGAGAGAGAGAGACAAGGGGAGGAGGCUCCCGCCCCGCCCCCCCCCCCCUCCCACCCCCUUCUCUCUCUCUCUCCACCAGCUUUAUUUCUCCAUUGCCUCCUUUCUCUCUCGGUCUGUCCAUCUGUUAUGUCCAUGACCUCCUCUUUUUGAAUAUAUUUGUUUCGCAUCUGGGCUCUGCCUUCUCUCCCCCUUGUAUUCCUCUUUUCCCUCUGAGGUGGAGAUCUGGAUGGCGAAGAAGGUGAGGAAGGUUCCCAUGCAGCCUUCCCCAUCCAAUGCUUAUCACCAGAUUCGGGAAGAUGCCAGGGCAAGGUUGAGAUAUCAGUACCUGCUGCAAGAUUAUGAUGAUCUGCUGAAGGAAACUGAAGAAAAGAAGAAGAAUCUACAAAAGGCAAAACAAAAGAAGCUGAGACUCUUGGCUGAAGUCAAAUUCCUGCUAGGAAGAUACCAGUCCUUGUUGGAAAAUCCAUCUCAGACCACCUUUCAUAGACUCAAGAAGCAGCUUCAUAAAACUUCAUCGCCUAUCGCUGGCAUUGUUAAACCAGCAAGGCUGCAUGUUCCAAACGAGGUUUCCUUCAAGGGGAAGAAUCACAGUGCAGUCGAAGCUGCAAAACCUAGCACUUCUACAAUGCUAGAUCUGAAUCAAAUUUCUUUGCCGUAUGCUUGUAGAGUGGCGAAGAUGUGGAGUUUCAGUCACAUAUGGAGCCCCUGAAACCUGAGAUGUCGGAGAGGCACUCAAUGGAUGGAGGGCCAAACAAUCGAAAGUUUGCAGUCUGUAGAGAUGAAGGGAGCAGCUCAAACAGGGCAAGUAAAAGGAAAAUAACAUGGCAGGACCAAGUAGCUCUGAAGGUUUAGAAUUCGACUCUUUUGUGCCAGUGGUGAGAAACAAUGUUCAUCCUUUUAACCUCAUUAACUUACUCUUUCUUUUUUUAACUGCAUUUGAUCUCUACAGAAACAGUUCAAAUGUUAGAUGUUAAAAUCCAUGUUAUAUGUGACGCAUGAUGUGGUUAAUGGGAGGAAGUGAAACCUUUUACUCCAGAAAUAUGCUGUAUGAUUUUAUUUAUUUAAUGUUCAUAACGGGUUUUGCCAAACUUAA